AUGAGUAUUAAUUUCAGCUCGACUCUUUUGGAAUAUUUUAUUUCAAAAGGAAUUGAUGUUAAUGCAAAAGAAAGUAAAUUUCAGAGAACAGCUCUUCAAAUUGCAGCAUCAGUAGGUAAUACAACAGCUGUUAAACUUCUUAUUUCUCACGGAGCAAAUAUUAAUUCGACAGAUAUUGACGGAAAAACUGUUCUUCAUUAUGCAGCUUCAUGCUAUGACAAAGAAAUGAUAGAAUUUCUUAUUACACACGGUGCAAAUAUUAAUUCAAAAACUAACCUGGGCUAUACUCCUCUUCAUGAUGCUGCAGAAGAAAAUAAUUAUGAACUUGCAAAAUUACUUAUUUUGCAUGGUACUGAUAUCAAUUCAAAAGAUAAUAAUGGAGUCACUCCACUAAUGAAAGCAGCGAUAUAUGGUUGUGUUGAAAUAGCAAAAUUACUGCUGUCACAUGGUGCUUUGGUCAAUGAAAAAGAUAAUGAAGGAAGGACAGCACUUUUUUGGACACCAGCAAAUAAUUCAAUUGAUAUUGCAAAACUUCUCAUUUUAAAUGGAGCGUUUGUUAAUAUAAGAACAAAUAAAGAACACACUCCCCUACUAUUUGCUUUGGUCAAAAACUGUUUUGAAAUUGCAGAAUUACUUUUAUCAAAUGGUGCAUAUAUUAAUGAUAAAGAGAUGAAUGGAUUCAACUCUCUGCAUUUGGCUGUAAAUUUGAAUGAUAUAGAUAAAGCAAAAUUCCUUAUUAAGCAUCAUAUAAACAUAAAUGCGAAAAAUAAUUAUGGCCAUUCUGCUCUUUAUUAUGCAUAUUUACAAAAAAGCGAAGAGAUGAUAUCAUUUCUUGAGCUAAAUGGUGCUACUUAA